CUUUGUACUGCCUGUUCAGUCGGUGACGAGCGGUCGACAAGUCCGCACGCAUUGAUUUAGGUGUUACUGUGAAUAUUUUUGAUCUACAAAACGCAUGAGCAUUUAUGAUUUACCGCUUUAAGGAACUAAAAUUUAAAAUCAGAAACAAGUUUUUUAAUUCUUGAUAAAUAUUUUCAAUUAUUAUAUAGAUUUCUUUAAUCAAUCAUAAUUCUAUCAAUUCAUGUUUAGCUGCGUAAUUCAAAAUAAUGUAUAACAAUUAAAAAAAAUGAAUUCAAUAAAGUAUUUGAUAUUAUCAAAAUAAUUAUAACUGUGUGUUAACAAAAGUGUUAUCUUUAGUUUUGUGCGAUAUUCCUCCGUUGAAAAUUGACAUUUUAUAACCAGAAAUUGGAUUCAACUGCGAAAUUUUUAAUUAUCAAAGAAUGCCUUCGCAACUAAGCAAAUGCAUCGAUAUAUCCUGUAAGGAAUACUCACAUCAUUGGAGAGAUUCCUGUUUAAUAGCAGCAGCCGGUCUUGGCAUAGAUGCUCUUCAAGAAUGCCUAAAGAUAUAUUCUACAGUUUACAUAGUUGCUCUUUUAAUGAAAGGGAAAGUACCAUCUAAAGCAGACAUUAAAAAAACAAUAUUGGGUCUUUUGCAAUCAACUGCUUUUCUCUCAUGGAGUGCUUUCUCAUAUUCUGUGUUUAUUUGUUCUCUAAGACGUAUACUUGGAAAAUUCAGUCUUUUGACUGUAUCGUUUCUUCCAUCUUUUUUAUCUAGUUUGUCAGCUAUUAUUAUUGAGCGACCAUCAAGACGUUCUUUAUUAAGUUUAUAUGUAUCUAACGUUGCAACAGAAACAUUAUUUAAAAUGGGAGUAGAAAGAGGAUAUUAUUCUCCUAUUUCACAUGGUGGAACAUAUAUUUUUGCUACAUCAAUAGCAUUGUUACUUUAUUUCUAUCGUUCUAAACCAAAUAAACAAGUUUCCUUAUAUAAAAUAUUUAGAAUUAUUGUUGGAAAAUAUGAAGGGAAUGAAUAUCUUAAAAAAGAAAAUUUAAGUUGUGAAACACAAAACAAUUCUGCUAAUGAAGAGAAUAAUAGUAGAAAUUUAAUAAAACAACAUGUUUUAAAUAAAACAUCCUGUAAAAAAAAUAUAUUUAUAAAAUCACUUGAAACAUACAAGAAAAUUAUAGAAAGAUUAAAACAACUUAAAGGAAAACAUAUAUCAUGUUCACAUCCUUUUAGUUGUGUUCAUUAUAUAUUAAAGGGUAGUAUACAAGUAUUUAGUUAUGCUCUAAGUGCCCAAUUAGUGAUUAAUUUGUUUUUUGGUACUAGAAAAUUAAUUACAAAACCAUUCUUAACAAGAGAAAUAAUUUUUAGAAAAGGCAAUCUAAAUUUACCUAUGUUUUUAGGUGGUUUUACUGGACUUUAUAGGCUAAUAUCCUGUUUAUUAAGAAGAUUUUUUAAAAAAGAUUCUUCUUAUUAUGCAAUACCCGCUGGACUUAUUGGCGGUUUAACAUUUAUGAUUUAUAGUAGUAAUACAAUAGCUUUAUAUUUUAUGUGGAAAGCAUUACAGUUGUUAUGGAAUGAUCUUGUGGAAAAAAAGAUAGUACCUGAAAUAAAGUGGUUCGUGAUCUUUUUAUAUUGUUUUAGUACAGCAGUACUCUUCCAUGUAGCAAUAUUUGAACCACAUCUUUUAAGAUCUUCCUAUUGGAAAUUUUUAUAUGCUAUAUCUGGAGGAAGAAUAGCAACAAUGUCUCGAGAACCAUUAGAUAUAUUUGGUUUUGAAACAUCUAAGCAUCUCACGGACGUAUUAAAAAAAACUAAUACUAUCAUUAAAAAAUCUUAUAUUUUUUAAUUUAAUAACAUAAAAAAAACAAGAUAUAUUGAAUUUUGUUUUUAUACAUGUAUUUGUUAUUUAUAAUCAGAAAAAUGACAAUAUGAUUCAAAAUGUUUGUUUCUAUGUAAAAAGAUACAAAAAAACUUAUAUAUAAAAUUUCCUCCUCAAGAAAACUGGAUUUGAAUUUUUUGAAUACGCGUGCACUCAAAUAAGAUCAAUAGAUAUUCGAGAAAUAUCACGAGGUAAGGGGAAUGCUUCUAAAAAAAGCAACAACAACAUGUAAUUAUCAGUGCUAUUCAAAUUUCGGAACUUCUUCUUCUUGUAUCUUUAUAUUAUAUUAUAAAGUGCUAUCUAAUAUUAUAAUAUUAUAAUAAUAUAUAUAUAAUAUAUAUAAUUAUAAUAAUAAUAUAUAUAUAUUAUUAUAUGUGUGUAUGUGUAUGUAUGUGUGUGUGUAUGAUUUAUUUUCGAUUUGUAAAAAUAUGUUAAAUUUUUUAUUUUUACUGUUGAUGCAUACGAGAGGACGAAGUUGUGUGCAAAAAGUUUGUACGAUAUUGCUGUAGGCGGAGUCAAUUCUGUUCCCCUUUCUUCAUACCCCUUACAUGCCUGAAAUAAUGUUUUAGUACAUGUGUACUUAAUAAAUGUUCGUCUUGAAUUUUUAUAACAUAAAAUGAAGUUUGUUAAUGAAUAAAAAAUGUAUACAAAA